GUGUACUCAGUCGUUCACGAUCUUUUCACCAGUGCGCUACUCAACAGCAUCCCAGUCGCACCUUAGCCUGCUCCGCUUCUGGCCGGGACCCUGGGGUUUGUUAUAUAACCGCACUAUUGUGUUUUAUUUUAUUGGUGUUUAGUGGUGGAUCGGCAAAUUUCAAGCAGAACCAGUGACAUAGUAACUGCCGGUUACUAGAUAAAUCACCAUGGAGGACGGCCAUUGUAAGACCGUCGAGGAAGUGCUUUCCGCCUUCCGAGUAGAUCCAGAGAGGGGUCUGACCGCUGACCAGGUUAAGGAAUACCAGAAGAAGUACGGUCCCAAUGAGCUCCCAGCUGAAGAGGGAAAGACCAUCUGGCAAUUAGUCCUGGAACAGUUCGAUGAUCUGUUAGUUAAAAUCCUGCUGCUGGCUGCUAUCAUUUCCUUUGUCCUCGCCCUGUUUGAAGAACAUGAAGGUGUUGAAGCCUUCGUGGAACCAUUGGUCAUUUUGCUCAUUCUGAUUGCCAACGCCUGCGUCGGUGUGUGGCAGGAACGUAAUGCCGAAUCCGCUAUUGAAGCCCUGAAGGAAUACGAACCCGAGAUGGGCAAGGUCGUCCGUGGUGACAAGUCCGGUGUGCAGAAGGUGCGCGCCAAGGAGAUUGUCCCCGGUGAUGUCGUUGAGGUGUCGGUCGGUGACAAGAUCCCCGCCGAUAUCCGUCUGAUCAAGAUCUACUCGACCACCAUCCGUAUCGAUCAGUCCAUCCUGACUGGUGAGUCCGUCUCGGUCAUCAAGCACACUGAUGCCGUCCCGGAUCCACGUGCCGUCAACCAGGACAAGAAGAACAUCCUGUUCUCCGGUACCAACGUCGCCGCUGGUAAGGCCCGCGGUGUUGUCAUCGGCACUGGCCUGAACACCGCCAUCGGUAAGAUCCGUACUGAGAUGUCUGAGACUGAAGAAAUCAAGACCCCACUGCAGCAGAAGCUGGAUGAGUUCGGUGAGCAGCUGUCCAAGGUUAUCUCCCUGAUCUGUAUUGCUGUCUGGGCCAUCAACAUUGGUCACUUCAACGAUCCCGCCCACGGUGGUUCCUGGAUCAAGGGUGCCGUCUACUACUUCAAGAUUGCCGUCGCUCUGGCUGUCGCUGCCAUUCCAGAAGGUCUGCCAGCUGUCAUCACCACCUGUUUGGCUCUGGGUACCCGCCGUAUGGCCAAGAAGAACGCCAUUGUCCGCUCCCUGCCAUCCGUCGAAACCCUGGGUUGCACCUCGGUUAUCUGCUCUGAUAAGACUGGUACGCUGACCACCAACCAGAUGUCCGUCUCCCGCGCUUUCGUCUUCGACAAGGUUGAGGGUAACGACAGCAGCUUCAUUGAAUUCGAAAUCUCUGGCUCCACCUACGAACCAAUUGGUGAAAUGACCCUGAAGGGUGCCAGGGUUAAGGCCUCGGACUACGAAAUCCUGCAGGAAAUGGGCACCAUCUGUAUCAUGUGUAACGACUCCGCUAUUGAUUUCAACGAAGUCAAGAAGGUCUUUGAAAAGGUCGGUGAAGCUACUGAGACCGCCCUGAUUGUAUUGGCUGAAAAGAUGAACCCCUUCAACGUUACCAAGUCUGGACUGGAUCGCCGCUCGUCUGCCAUCUGCGUCCGUCAGGAAAUUGAAACCAAGUGGAAGAAGGAAUUCACCCUGGAAUUCUCUCGUGAUCGUAAGUCCAUGUCCAGCUACUGUACCCCAUUGAAGGCUUCCCGCCUCGGAAACGGACCAAAACUGUUCUGUAAGGGUGCCCCAGAAGGUGUCCUGGAACGUUGCACACACGCUCGUGUCGGAACCACCAAGGUCCCACUGACCGCUACCCUGAAGAACCGCAUCCUGGAGCUGACCCGCCAGUACGGUACCGGACGCGAUACCCUGCGUUGCUUGGCCCUGGCCACCGCUGACUCUCCAAUGAAGCCAGAAGACAUGGACCUGAACGAUUCGACCAAGUUCUACACUUAUGAAGUCAACCUAACCUUCGUCGGUGUUGUCGGUAUGUUGGAUCCCCCACGUAAGGAAGUCACUGACGCCAUUGUCCGUUGCCGUGCCGCUGGUAUUCGUGUCAUUGUCAUCACUGGUGACAACAAGGCCACCGCUGAAGCUAUCUGCCGUCGUAUUGGUGUGUUCACUGAGGAUGAAGAUACUACUGGCAAGUCCUACUCUGGCCGUGAAUUCGACGAUCUGGCUGUUUCGGAACAGCGUGAAGCUUGCGCCCGUGCCCGUCUGUUCUCCCGUGUCGAACCUGCUCACAAGUCCAAGAUCGUUGAGUUCCUGCAGAGCAUGAACGAAAUCUCCGCUAUGACUGGUGAUGGUGUCAACGACGCCCCUGCCCUGAAGAAGGCCGAAAUUGGUAUUGCCAUGGGUUCCGGUACCGCUGUCGCCAAGUCCGCCGCUGAGAUGGUGUUGGCUGAUGAUAACUUCUCCUCCAUUGUCGCCGCCGUUGAGGAAGGUCGUGCCAUCUACAACAACAUGAAGCAGUUCAUCCGUUAUCUGAUCUCUUCCAACAUCGGUGAAGUCGUGUCCAUCUUCUUGACUGCCGCUCUUGGUCUGCCAGAAGCCCUGAUCCCAGUCCAGCUGCUGUGGGUCAACUUGGUUACUGACGGUCUGCCAGCUACUGCUCUUGGUUUCAACCCACCGGAUCUGGACAUCAUGGACAAGCCCCCACGUAAGGCCGAUGAAGGUCUCAUCUCUGGAUGGUUGUUCUUCCGUUACAUGGCUAUUGGUGGAUAUGUCGGUUGCGCUACCGUCGGUGGAGCUGCCUGGUGGUUCAUGUUCUGCGAAGACGGCCCACAGCUGAGCUACUGGCAGCUGACUCACCAUCUGGCCUGUCUCGGUGGUGGUGACGAGUUCAAGGGAAUGGACUGCAAGAUCUUCAGCGAUCCCCACCCGAUGACCAUGGCUCUGUCCGUUCUGGUCACCAUUGAGAUGUUGAACGCCAUGAACAGCUUGUCUGAGAACCAGUCCUUGGUCACCAUGCCUCCAUGGUCCAACAUCUGGCUGAUCGGUUCCAUGUGCCUGUCGUUCGCUCUGCACUUCGUCAUCCUGCACGUCGAUGUCCUUUCCACUGUGUUCCAGGUCACCCCACUGAACGGUGAUGAAUGGAUCACUGUCAUGAAGUUCUCGCUGCCGGUUGUGCUACUUGAUGAAAUCCUCAAGUUCGUCGCCAGAAGGAUCUCGGACGCGAACCCCGAUUUCCAUUAAGCAAUCGACCCCAAGAGCUUUUAAGUGUUCCAACAAAAAAAACACCUCUCGCCCACCACCACCUACAACCGACAGAAAAUCCCUCAAAUCUCCAAACGAACAUCAACCGCACAACAAUGAAAACCCUAAACGCUUGAAAACCCCAACAAGGAUUUUCCCACCUCAACCAUAUAGUGCUUUUAACAGUCACGUUACCUAACUCUGUUGGGUCAAACAGAACUUGGAGAUUUGAAAUGUUGCUCAUAACCGGCGAAAGUACCCACAACAUACCCACCUUGCACCCCUCGUAAUCCCAAGUGCGCCUUUUACCAACCCUGUCACAUCGAAUUCGCGGAAACACGUCGUGGGCGGAACCGACGAGUACACAACACUCAUCAUUCAUCUGAACCACCAACCAACCCGCUUCUCUUUGUUGAGUGAUCCCAAACCUUAAGCAAUCAAAUACGCCUCUCCAAAAACGCCGUCGUCGUCGGUUUGUUACAGUUAUUGCUCUGUUGGAUUUGUUGUUCUAGUGAUACACAUAAUUCUCGAAGAGAGAGGCAGCCCAGUAUAAGCGAAACUAUCAAGAACUGGGAAUAAGUUAGUAACCGUACACGUGGCUACUAACUGUGCGACGUAGAUAUGUUUUGUUGUUUCAGCAGAAAACAACAUGAUAAUGCAAGCAAACCAAUUUACUAAAGAAACGAAGCAAUAAAAAAACAAGGAAUAAUUAAUAAACAAAAAAAACUGUUAUUUAUUAAAACUACAGGAACAUCACUUACAUCGAUGUCUUCUGAUAGGAAGUAUUACACCAGGAAUUUAAAACAACAUGUAAUGGAUUAGAAAAAAAACAGCGGAAAACAUCUUAUAGAUAGUUAAAUGACAAAGCCGAUUUCUUUUUCCUUUUCUCGUUUUACAACGUAUUCUAAGAGCUAAUUCGAGGUUUAUCAAAUACAUAGUGAGCGUGUUUCCAAAUAGAAGAAAAAAAAUCAAAAAGCAUGAGUUUUGCCAGUUUUCUUAACAAAAACCGUAGCGGAAAUGAGAAUUUGAUCCAAACCGAACCAAAAAACAACCAAACCUCUUGGGGCGUAGAGUAUAGGUUAUCAAACCAAAAACAAUCGUAUUUUAAACCACCAACGACUUUUACUUUUUCUAGUGAAAAUGAACAAUUGAAGACAUUUUAAUAUCUUUCUCUCUCUCGGUCAUUUUGCGAUACCUACGCAUAAGUUUCGAUAUAGUUUUCUCUGUUUUCUAGUAAUAGAGCAGCAGAUCGCUUUCGACUUUUUUUGUUACUAUUUUCGUAUUUUAAGUUUUCCAUUAUCUCUACUCCGAAGCUUUUACCUUUUAAGUUAAAACUACCCUCUCUCUCUGUACCUUCUUUCGUCUUUGACUAGUCCUACUUGGAACUAGUUUCAAUUUCUCUCUCUAUGUUUACCCUUUUGUUCCCUUAUUAGUGAAUAUGUGAGACAAUCACAAAAUGUGUAAAUAAGUUAAUUAAAUAAAAGUGAAAGUGAAGGUUUUAAAACAAGAGAGGAAACACACCUUCCCGAACAAAAAAAAACCUUCUGUUAUUGAGUUGUGUAGUAGUGGUCGAAAACAUUUUUAAAACAUAAUGGCAAGUUAGAUAUUUAAAUAAAGGAAUUAAAACUAAAAAACCAAAAACCUACAAACCAGCAACAACAUACAAAGAGUUUGAAACUGAAACAAACAGAACAGCAAAUGUGUGACGUUGACCGCCAUCUUUAUGUUCGUUUCGCCUUGGUUUUAUUCUUUUUAUUUAUCGUCUUUUUCUAGAAAGAAAUCGCUGAAAGUUUCGCGAAAGAUUCAAUAAAAACAUGAAAAUGCCGUUGAAA